GUCACAACUGUCUUAUCAAUACUAAUUCAUGUUCCAUUCCUUCCCUAUAUAUAUGUUACAUUCCACCCUCACCCUUUUCUUCACAACUUUUUUCUUUACUUUGACUCUAACACAACACAAACUACUUUUCUAAACCAUUUCAAUUCUUCAUCACUUAACUAAGUGAAAACAAAGGAUAUUUAGUUUGGUAAAAUAAGCUUAUUACAAGUUUAGUAAAAUAAUUAAAAAAGUUUAGUUAAAACUUGAAAUAUAUGUGACAUUGAGUUUGGAGUUGAUCAAUAUGGUUGUUGGAGGAGCAUUAUACGAUGAACUAACGACGGUUAUGACUUCCGAUCACGCAUCGGUGGUGUCGCUGAACAUAUUUGUUGCUCUUCUUUGUACUUGUAUCAUCAUUGGUCAUUUGUUGGAGGAGAACCGUUGGAUUAAUGAAUCCAUCACUGCUCUUCUCAUUGGUUUGUGUACUGGAGUGUUUAUAUUGUUUACAACUGGAGGAAGAAGCUCUCAUAUAAUGGUUUUCAGUGAAGAUCUUUUCUUUAUUUACCUUCUUCCACCCAUCAUUUUUAAUGCUGGGUUUCAGGUAAAAAAGAAACAAUUUUUCCGCAAUUUUAUAACCAUAAUGCUUUUUGGUGCAAUUGGGACACUCAUAUCAUUCUGCAUCAUAUCACUAGGUGCCAUGCACUUUUUCCAGAAAUUAAAUAUCGGUUCCCUCAAGAUUGGAGAUUAUCUAGCAAUUGGAGCAAUAUUUUCAGCAACAGAUUCUGUUUGCACGUUGCAGGUUCUUAAUCAAGAUGAAACACCUUUACUAUACAGCUUGGUGUUUGGAGAAGGAGUAGUAAAUGAUGCUACUUCUGUUGUACUCUUCAAAGCAAUUCAGAAUUUUGACCUCUCCCACAUUGACUUAACCACUGCUUUACAUUUAAUAGGAAAUUUUUUAUAUUUGUUCAUAGCAAGCACUGCGUUGGGAAUCUUUGUUGGAUUGCUUAGUGCAUACAUUAUUAAAACGCUCUAUUUUGGCAAGUUGAUAAGACACUCAACAGACCGUGAGGUUGCUCUUAUGAUAUUAAUGGCUUAUCUUUCAUAUAUGCUAGCUGAACUAUUUUCUUUAAGUGCCAUUUUGACUGUGUUCUUCUGUGGCAUUCUUAUGUCUCAUUAUACUUGGCAUAAUGUGACAGAAAGUUCAAGAGUGACAACAAAGUAUACUUUUGCUACUUUGUCAUUCAUUGCUGAGAUAUUUAUCUUCCUUUAUGUUGGGAUGGAUGCACUAGAUAUAGAAAAAUGGCGAUUUGUAAGUCAGAGCCCAAAAAAAUCAAUUGGGGUCAGUUCAUUGCUAUUGGCACUUAUCCUAGUGGGAAGAGCUGCAUUUGUUUUCCCUCUUUCCUUCUUAUCCAACUUGUCCAAGAAAUCUUCAUCUGAGAAAAUUGAGUUUAAACAACAAGUGACAAUUUGGUGGGCUGGUCUCAUGCGUGGAGCUGUUUCUAUUGCACUUGCUUAUAAUCAGUUUACUCGGCUAGGCCAUACUAAAUUGCGUGAGGAUGCGAUCAUGAUCACUAGUACUAUUACAGUUGUACUCUUCAGCACAGUGGUGUUUGGAUUGAUGACCAAGCCACUAGUAAGGUUAUUGCUUCCUUCCUCUAAAAACAUAUUGUCCCCACCAUCAAGCCCCAAAUCACUCAGUGUGCCACUUCUUGGCAAUGGAGAGGAUGUUGUUGGGGUAAAUGGUGACACCCAAAGACCAAGCCGAUUGCGUAUGCUCCUUAAGAUUCCUAGUCGUGGGGUACAUCACUAUUGGCGCAAAUUUGAUAAUUCUUUCAUGCGACCUGUCUUUGGUGGUCGGGGUUUUGUACCUUAUGUUCCUGGUUCACCCCUUUAACAAAGUCUCCAUCAAUGACAUUAUUAAGAUAUAUACACAUGUGUGAUAAGUGGUGUGGGGUAUGACAUGGCUUUGAUUGUGCACUUUUGUCAAUUGUUAGAAGAUUUCAACUUCCUAUAUGAUGCCUAAAGAUAAAGAGAAAAAAAAUGAAGAUACGAGGAAUGAGAGGAUUUUUUAUAGGAGGAAUAUUACAGAACUGCAUUUAUUUUUUGUUUUUUUCGCCCUGUUUUUGCUGACAUAGAUAGAGGGGUUGCUUGCUUGUAACUUAAAUUGUAAUUUGUAAGUUGAUGCUGGUUAAGCGAUACAAAUUUUUCGUGUGUACAUGUGGAUGAAAAUUUUGUGACCGAUAGAUUUUACAUUUGCUUGAUUGUGUAAUGAGAAUUUCUAAGUUACA